AGGCAGAGGGAGAAACAGCCUUCCUGAUGAGCAAGGGGCCCGAUGUGGAACUCCAUCUCAAGGCCCCAGGAUCCCAGAAGCAUGAGCUGAGCCGAAGGUAGAUGCCCAACCAACUGAGCCACCCAGGCGUCCCUAUAAACAGUAUUUUAAAUAAACUAACUUCUCAGCUAAUGAGGAUGCCUCAAAAUCUCUUGGGAAGAACCAGCUGGUACCCAGCAGAUUUCCCAUAAAGGGUGGUAUUUAUGUAGAUCUUGUCACCUGUCCCAAGUCUAGCUCUUAGCUGUGCCUACUCUGAAACCUCAUCUCCACAAUUUUCCAAGUGGUUUGGACCUGGACCAUUGAGUCACCUCAAGAAACUCCCAGAAGUGGGUGUGCAAAUUAGAAUGCUAGUUUUUAAAUUUGGAACACUUGUCACCAUCACCAUCAUGCAGACUGGAUGGUAUCUGGUCCCCGCAUCCUGGGGGAACCACGUGGGAAUCCAAAGAUCCAGGCAGCUCACGCUUGGCUAAGAAGUACGGGAAGAGGGUUGUCUAAUAGCACGGAGCUCUCUUGACUUCUAUGGCCCUCUCAUCAGUGGAGAAAUACCUGCCAGGUAGACCAGUACUCCAGUCAGCCUGGCUGUGUGGGUCUCCAACGCCAGUGUCUCAGGGACCCUGUUAACCUGAUAGGAUGUCUCCAUUUCCUCUUGCAUAAUUUAGCGAUUUUUAUUCUGCUUACUUAAUUUGUUUAGUGCUUUAUAAGCAUUAGCUCCCAGCUACACAGAGUUUCCUUUGCAUAACUUAACCACUCACAGUUUCAGGGUUGGAGGCACAGCUGUAGGGGUAAACGCUACAUGCAAGUUAAAAGGAUUUGGUGGGGUGGCCUGGAUGGGUCAACAGUGAGCCAAGCACAGAACAAAGAAAAAUGGUCCCUAAUCACCACAGAUGCUUGGGGAAGUGGAAGACCCCACACUGGCCCCUUACGGCUGCAUCUGUGCCAGCAUGGGUGGGAAGCAGUAUUAAUAAGGCACCGCUUGCCUUGGCUGCCUCAGCUCAGCUUGGUCACCCACAUGGCCUCUCUGGAUUUAAAUGUGAUCUCUGUCCAGGCCCCUUGUGGCUCAUCUUCAGUCAGCCACUGUCCCCAGGUGCCACCGCGCCGAUGAGGUAUGAUCCGUGUGGUCUCUGGAGCAGAGUGGGCUUGGGUUGAGUCUUUUCCCCCCUGCUCAACUGAUGGGUAUUCUUGGUACUUGGGCAAGUGAUUUGACUCCUUCAAGCCCAAGAUUUCUCACUGGUAAAGAGGGGAUGACCACUCACAGGACACCUGUAGAAGGCACUGAGCUCCGUGCCAGGCACAGACCUCUAUGCGCUCUUUGAGACGGUCAAGUUCAUUUGAGGAUCCACCUUCUUUGCCAAAUUGGGCCCCCAGCCUUCCCCUUAGGGCCACUGACAUCUGGCCAAAGAACAAGGCUGUGGGGACCCAGACUGCCCCAGAGUCCUCGAAGGAAAGAGCUCAUCUCCUUGCUGCCCUCGCUGUGGUUUGGUCACAGCUGAGGACAAAGCUGCUGUCCGCACCUUUCUGCCAACUGGGGGAGGGAAAGUCAGGUUUGAGGCUUGGUCUGAACAGGCAAAGCUUCCAGAGGGAAAAGAAGGGUGAGGUUUUCUAGGAACGGAAGAGGGUUGUUUGGGGCUGCCUAAGAGGUCUGUAGGGCCCUCUGCAGCAGUUUGGGACCUGUGAUAUUUUCUCAUCGAAAGCGUAUUCCCCUUCUAUCCGAGUGGGGUGGAGUGGCCCAACCCAUGACAUCAGCAGAAUGGAAGCACCUGGAAGGUGACAUCACUGUUGCCCACGGCAACACCUCACCUCCACCUUAAGGUAGACCAGGAGGAAUAAGAUCCAUCCCAACUGUAAGACCCAUGUUGAAAGGAGGGAGCACGGAAGGCGUGACAUCCACAGGAAGGUUCCAGCCAUGGCCUUGGGGCUCUUCCGGGUGUGUCUGGUGGUGGUGACAGCCAUCAUCAACCAUCCGCUGCUAUUCCCGCGGGAGAACGCCACGGUCCCCGAGAGCGAGGAGGAGAUCAUCCUCAAGAUGCAGGCGCACCAGGAGAAGCUGCAGCUGGAGCAGCUCCGCCUGGAGGAGGAGGCAGCCCGGCUGGCCGCGGAGGAGGAGGCCCUGGAGCGGCUGGCGGAGGAGGGCCAGCAGCAGAACGAGACCCGCACGGCCUGGGACCUGUGGAGCACCCUCUGCAUGAUCCUCUUCCUGGUGAUCGAGGUGUGGCGGCAGGACCACCAGGACGGGCCUUCUCCGGAGUGCCCAGUCGGGGACGAGGACGAACUGCCCGGCCUGGAGGGCGCCCAGCUGCGGGGCCUCACCCUGCCCAGCAAGGCCGCACUCGAGCGCUUCUCCGAGCGCUGCAUUCGGGGCGCCACGGCCGACGCGGCCCGCACGCGGGAGUUCGUGGAAGGCUUCGUGGAUGACCUGCUGGAGGCCCUGCGCAGCCUCUGCAACCGGGACACGGACAUGGAGGUGGAGGACUUCAUCGGCGUGGACAGCAUGUACGAGAACUGGCAGGUGGACAAGCCGCUGCUCUGCCACCUCUUUGUGCCCUUCGUGCCGCCUGAGCCCUACCACUUCCGCCCAGAGCUCUGCUGCGCCCGCCGCCCCGUGCCCUUGGGCCGCCAGGGCUACGGCCGGAUCGAGGUGGUGCGGGCCACGGAGGAUGCGCGGGGCUGCGUCUGCGGCAAGACCACGCUGGGGGAGGACAUGCUGUGUCUCCUCCACGGCAGGAACGGCCCGGCGCGGCCCGGCGGCGAGCUGGAGACCCUGCUGUGCGCUGGAGGCUCCCCGUACCUGGACACACUGCGGGUCAUGACGUGGUUCCAGACGGCGCUCACCAGAGCCUGGCACCGCAUUGCCCACAAGUAUGAGUUCGACCUGGCCUUCAGUCAGCUGGACUCCCCGGGCUCCCUCAAGAUCAGGUUCCGCUCGGGGAAGUUCAUGCCCUUCAACCUGAUUCCUGUGAUCCAGUGCGAGGACUCGGACCUGUACUUCGUCUCCCACCUUCCCAGGGAGCCGUCCGGGGAGACCCCUGCAUCCAGCACCGACUGGCUCCUGUCCUUUGCCGUCUACGAGCGACACUUCCUCCGGAUGACCUCGAAGGCGCUGCCCGAGGGGGCCUGCCACCUCAGCUGCUUGCAGAUCGCCUCAUUCCUGCUGUCCAAGCAGAGCCGCCUGACCGGCCCCAGCGGCCUGAGCAGCUACCACCUGAAGACCGCCUUGUUGCACCUCCUGCUGUCCCGGCGACCGGCCGACUGGAAGGCCAGCCACUUGGACGCUCGCCUGCACGAGCUGCUCCGCUUCCUAGAGAAGAGCCUGCUGGAGAAGAAACUCUGUCACUUCUUCAUCGGCAACCGCAAGGCACCCGAGGGCAUGGGACUCCCUGAGGCCAUUCGCAGGGCCGAGCCUCUCAACCUCUUCCUGCCCUUCGUCCUGCAGCGGAGUCUCUACCGGAAGACGGUGGACUCCUUCUACGAGAUGCUCAAGAACGCGCCGGUGCUUAUUAGCGAGUACUCCCUCCAUAUCCCCGCGGACCAUCAGCCUACCCCACAAAGCUGUUGUCUUGUAGGGCGGACAGGACCUGGGGGGCCAGGACGCAGGGCGCCCCAUGGGCCCACACCUCUGGGAGCACCUGCAGGCCCCGUCCCAGGAGAACGGCGGGCUUCGUAGGGCGCCACGGCUCAGCCCACCGGGGAAGCCAGGCCCCACGGCAUGGAGGAGACAGGAUUCCAAGCUGGCCGAGCUGGUUUGCUUUCAUGCCACUGGGGCCUGCUGGUGAGGUGGUUGUCUGGGUUGGGUUGAUCCUUUGCGUCUUACUUUUGGAUCACCACAAACGGCCAAGAGGAUGACGAAAUCCUCUCUGGACGCCAAGCUGAAGACAACGCAAACAUCAAUUCGGGUGUCAUUUUUGACGUCCCGGGUCCAGGCUUGACUUAAAUAUCAACAGGGGAUCUGCAGGAAUGCCGGCGGGGGUGCAUGUUAAGACCCUGCAGCCUGUCCCCAGUAAUGGCUUGACCCCAAGCAUCGCAGCCAAGGCACCAGCAGGGACAGUUGUGGGGAUUUGCCACCUUCCAUCCACAGCCUGCACUACGAGGGUCCAAAUGCGGCUACCGUUUUUUAAACUAUUUGGAGAAAAGACCUAGAAGAGAUUCAAGGCCCCAAGGGGCCAAUGUCUGUUGCCCAGAAGUGGAUACUUGGUGGCAGAGAGAAGUUUCCGUCGGCCGCUUUUCCAGCUACAUGUCUCACUCAGGGUACACUCCCUUCCCCUACCCCUUCCCACAGUGUGCUGUGCCCUGAGCACCGUAGUGGGGACAAGCUCCACAGCUGGUCUCUGGCCAUGCCUGUGCUGAGGGAGGGCAGGUACUGAAGGCGGAAGAUGCAGGAGACACAGGGUGACGGGGGUGCAGGGUAGAACGUGUCCCCAGGGUGCUGGGGUCUGCCUCGGGUGCCCAGUUCGGAGAAGACAGCAGAGCUGAGGAGUGAGGGAGGGACGCCAUAGCCUGGAGUGCUCCUCAGCGGCGGCGUCACAGUCCUAGAGCCAAGCAUGCCUGGAGGCAAGAGGAGACCUAGCUCCAUCUGUUGCCCCCAAGACCUGUUCACUCCAGGGGGGCACCCUCGUGGCACAGAACCUCCCGUUUCUGGAUGGGUCUUGCUGGCCACACAGAUGAGCAAGACCCGAAGAGGCUCAGCCGCCUGGGGACACACAGGGACAACAGUGCUGCCCCAGCCCCCAAGCCCCAAAGAGAUCACCUCGGCAUUGCUGGGGGCUGCGGUCACGGGACAGGCGCCAGAGCCUGCAGUGGGACCUGGCCCAUUUCCGGGCGUGGGUAGGGGGGUUGGGAAGCCACUUCUCAAUUUGUGGCUUUGCUGUCCCUUCGGGAAUUCCUCCCAUGGUACUGCCUCACUGACCCAGCAAGCCAAGGGAGAGGCAAGAAUGAGUGCACCUGGGUUUCCCUCCAGGGUUUAAGCUGGCCAGGCCUUUGAGCAGAAUACCCUGUUCCAUGGGGUAUCGGGCUCACCAGGAGCUGCAGAGGAUCCUGUCCCUCAUCCAGGGGUGCUCUCACCUGGCCCCAAGGAUUUGGGAAGAUGGACGAUUUGCCCGACAGGGUUCACUUGCAGCAGGAGGCUCAGCAAUGAUGGGGCACUGAGGCCGUAGGAACCCUUUGGUGUGAGCUGGAGUCAGACCGCGCAGACUUGGGUUUUCGUCUGCCCAGCGCUGGGAAGGAUCAUACCCGUAUGGCCCCCAGCAAUAGCCCCAAGCCCCUUGUUCAGUUGUGAUUUGUUUCCAGAAUCGGGGUGAAUGUCCAUAUUUAUUACUGCCCAUACCUUGCCUGCCCUCACCCCCUUAUCCUUAUGUUGUUGCGCUUGGAGGAGACCCCACAGGCGGACACCAGACUCCAGAAGCUGAGACCAAGUGUGAACCUUCCUCGGCCUCCCCUUGGCUUCCAGGAGAAAGUUCACUGAAAAAUGACCUCCUGGCCUCUUGUUUAUCCAGAGAUGACAACUCAGCAGGACAGCUGCUUGCAGAUCGCCUCCUUCCUGCUGGAUCUUCUAUGCACCAAAGCUGCUUCUGAAGCACAAAGCAGCAGAACUCUCGGUGUUUCGUGCUGCCUUAUUUAUAUUGAAGGAAGAAUUAAAUUCUUGCAAGGAGUA